CCCAACUCAAAAAACCAAAACCAACAACAACAACAAACUCAAGAAACAGCAGCAUGAGCUCACCAACAAACAACCAACAACAACAACAGCAACAACAACAGCAGUACCACCGACAACAACGAGCACACCACCAAAUCAACAUCAACCCAUCACCAACUCAACAACAACAGACACCACCCUCACCCACUAACAACAACAUCCCAUACUCAGACCACUCACCAACCCAACAACAACAACAUCAACAUCAACAACAGCAACAUCGUCAGAACCAACUCGAUCAGGAUGUACAGGCUGCACUCCACUUCAGCAGAGCAAGAGCAGGCACACUCGACCUAUCUCACUCACCACCAAACUCAUCAGCACUCAAACAACAACAGCCAAACGAACAUCCAAACAACAACCUCCUAUGGUCAAACCAAGACCUACUCACCGGAUCAGCAACAAACGAAAACACUCAACAGCCACCCAGCCCAACCGUACUAAGCCCACAGGCACUCUUCAUCGACCUCUCAGCCGAACAGCUUCACGAGCAAACCAACACCGACUUCCCCCGACUCCCAAGGCGCCCACCAUCCGAUAACUCAUUCGACAGCAGCCAUGGCGCAUUCAUCGACCAUCGUCCACUCAUCCAUUCCACCAGUCCAGCACAACAACAACAACAACAACAGCAGCAACAUCCAAACUCAUCAUCCCCAUCCAACCUACUCAUCAGCCCCUCAAUCGACCAUCAUCACUACCGUCAACAACAACAACAACAACGACCUCGUUAUCCAUCCGAAGCACACCACCAUCGAGCCCAUCCCCCAACAUCCUCACGUCUCCACUCAACCCCACCUAAUCUGCCCAACCAUCAUCAUCUCCUCCAAGACCCUCAAUCAGCCAACCGACCCAUCAGCGACCCCAGCCAUUCCCAUCGGACCCUAUCACUAAGAGACCGCCUCAGACGAGCCUCUCCCGACCCAUCAGCCCCGAUCAGAGAGCCCCUCCCAGCAGCCGUCGGGCGCAACUACUCCCAGGGCUCGAUCCCCACCCACAAGCUCACCAACCAACACCGACUCUUCCGGCCCUCGAGCAUCCAUGACUCCUCUUCGGCUGCCUCGCCGCGUCCAUCCCAGGCCGAAGAAGACGUCUGCUUCCCCCGUCUCCCCGACCCUGACCGGCCCAUCCUCGACCCACACCACCACCACCACCAUCACCAUCAUCCGACGAUCGGAGACUCUCUCGGACAUGUAGGUCAAUCGACUACCACCGCUGGCAUGUUGCCCCACUUCCCCUUCCCGUUCAACUUCCAGGCUCUCGAGGAAUUCGCCCAGGCCGAAAGAGAGACCCUGGAGACCAUGAAGAGUCGGCAGAUGUUGGCGGAAGAGCCGAUGUAUCGCGGCCCCCCUAUCAGUGGUGGCUUUCCAGGCUCCCGAGUCCAACACCACCCCCACAAUAGGAUGGGCCGGAGUCUACUGGAGGACCAGCUGGGUUCUCCGCCCGACAUUGAAGAGGAGGACGAGGAUCCGGCGCUGAUCAAGGACGGUGUCCGGCGCCGCAAGAUCGGCUUCCUGCCGGCCUCGAUCCACAUCGAUGGAGGUGGCUCGCGGACGAUGAGCAGUGGCGAGCUGGGAGGUGAGGAGGACGGAGGAGUUGGAGGAGCAGGUCGACCGAUGGGUGCCCGAAGACUGAGCGAGAACCUGCGGCCGAUGAGCACGACCAAGCGCAAACUGGCGCUCUUCGAGGGCACCGGACUAAGCGGCUUCAGUCUAGGCUCGCAGACCGAGGCGGGCUCAGCGAUCAGUGGUGGGCCUCAGCAGAAGGAGAACAAUCCGAGGGGCGGCCUAUUGAUGGCUGCUGCCAAGGGUCGCUUCCCGGGCAUCCAUCCAUCCUCUGCCCCUCCCUCCUCCGCCGCUCAUAACCACGACUCCACCAGAGCUCCCGCCGGCCAAGUCCGCUGGGCCGCUCAUCAUCCCGCCGAACGGCCCUACCGCUUCUCCUUCUACUCCAACGCUCUCCCCUCUACCAUCCAUGCUCGUAGUCUCUCUGAAAUCCCAGGCAAAGGGCAGACCUUGGAAGAGCUCUUUCUCGGCAGAACUCAACAACAACAAUCCUCCUCUUCCGUCGAUAUCCCUGGCGCAGAUACAUUGACCGCCGAGCCCCCCGGCCCAAACAUCGGCCACUCCUCCUCCUCCUUCACUAACUCUUCAUCGGUCCCUAAUCCUAACGACUUGGGUCUUCUAACAGAUGCCCAAAUCGCCGCCGCCGCCGGGCCCAACCUCCGCUCCUCCACAAUCGAUCCCCUCGCGACUGCCUCCCCCGAUAAUGAUGAGUCGUCCAAGAACGCAAAGCCUAGGUCGAGGUCUGGCGUCCUUCUUAGGUCCGAUGAAGACGCAGAGGCUUCUACUUGGUGGUUGGACGUGCUUUCUCCUACCGAUCAGGAAAUGAAAGUUCUUAACGCGAACAACCAGAUCAACGACGUGUUGAGUAAGUUGACCGCACUGGGAUCGAUUCUAGUUCCGAUGAACUUAGUCACCGGGUUAUGGGGCAUGAACGUGCAUGUGCCGGGGCAAGACAUCACCGAAGGAUACGCCUGGUUCAUCGCCAUCGUCUGUGGUCUCGUCUCGUUUGGAGUCGUCGGCGCGUGGCUGACGCUGCGCUACUUCAAGUUCUCCAACCAUUGA